GGCGUACGAGGUAAUGUUUGACUUCUCGAAUAAUUUUCAGGCCACAGACACGGACGUGCAAAUUUAAUUCUGGGGAGAUAACUUUUCGCAGACUAAGCUCGAGACGAGACCUUUUUUAUGAGACCUAUUUUAGAAAGUUUAUGCUUCCAAGUCGUUUGUUUUCCCUGAGAAUUAGAGGACUGGGUUCUAGAUACCUGUGCUCAUCCAACAUGGCGAAUUUGAAGGGUAGCGCUCUGGUUAUUUUGGCCGAAGGUGCAGAAGAAAUGGAAGCUGUCAUUACUGCGGAUGUUCUUCGACGCGGAAAAGUUAAAACAGUAAUUGGAGGUCUGACUGGUGCAGAUUCAGUUGUUUGCAGUCGCUCUGUGGUUGUUAAACCAGACAUGAGUCUGGAGGAUGCAGUUAAACAGGGUCCAUUUGAUGCUGUAAUUCUGCCUGGAGGACUAGGAGGAUCUAACAAUCUGGCGAAGUCUUCUAAAGUGAAAGAAAUCCUUCAAGAGCAGGAACAAAGUGGAAGAAUUAUUGGAGCCAUAUGUGCCGCUCCGACAGCUCUUCAUGCCCAUGGAAUUGGAAAAGGGAAGACUGUAACAUCACAUCCAUCUGUGAAAGAUAAAUUGGACGGUUAUAGCUACUCUGAAGACCGGGUGGUCAGAGAUGGAAACUUGGUAACUAGUAGAGGACCAGGAACAGCCUUUGAGUUCGGCAUUGAACUUGUCCGUGCAGUGCGAGGUGAUGAUGGUGUAGCUGAAAAACUGGCAGGUCCCAUGCUGAUUAAGUAGUGUAACUACUGAGUCCCCUGGAAGAAAUAAUUGUGUUUUGCGUAAGGCUUGAUUUCAAUGUUGUGGAUUAAUUAAUUUCGAAAUUUAUAAGUUACCAAGUAUUCCCUCUUUACUGUAACUCUUGGAAACAUCACAACAAUGACAGGGGUUGCCGGCGGCUUAUUGCUGCUUAUGAGACCUAUUACCGCCGUAAUGUUAACCUACGAGCAAUUUUGUGACUUUCAUACCGGGGUAACUAAAACAUCUAACUGCUGAUUAAUGAUUAUUAAAUAGGUAGAUCACGAACCGUGGGAGAAACAAUAAAGAGAUGUGACUGAAGUUU